AUGGUGCAGAGGCAUCGCCCAGCUCAAUCACGCCCAUCCAAACGCAAAAUUGUCGACGGCAAUGAGGUGGGUGAGGCGCAUCAAUCAUGGGAAGUCCCACAUUUCAAUCCCAAACUUAGUUUCGAUGAGGCGCCAGCUGGUGCGAGAAAGCACAGAUUCCAGUUUUAUUCAUCCCUGGCGCAUUUGAUCAUUAUCCAACCGAUCCCAUCAACUUCAUCGAUGCGGCAAGAUGGGGCCCAGGCCCAAAAGCGCAAUCCACAAUCACGGUUAUAUCAGGCACUUCACAUUUACUCAGCUCAUUCUCUCAAGCCUCGCGACUAA